AUGUCAUUCCGAAGUAUUGCUCGGGAUAUAAGAGACAGUUUCGGGAGCUUAUCACGAAGGAGUUUUGACGUGAGGCUCGUGGGCCACCACAGGGGGAAAUCACAAGGCUCCUUUCAUGACUUGAAUGAUCAGCCUUUUGUAGUUCAGAAUAGCCAAUGGGCCAGUCUCCCUCCUGAGCUGCUUUAUGAUGUCAUCAGGAGAUUGGAGGAGAGUGAGAGCACGUGGCCUGCCCGGAAACACGUGGUGGCGUGUGCCGCAGUCUGCCGCUCAUGGAGGAGCAUGUGCAUGGAGAUUGUUAAGUGUCCCGAAUUGUGUGGGAAGCUUACUUUUCCCGUAUCUUUGAAACAGCCGGGGUCUCGUGAUGGGCCCAUCCAGUGCUUCAUAAAGAGAGACAAAUCGAAUUUGACGUAUCAUCUGUUUUUGUGUCUUAGUCCAGCUUUGUUUGUCGAGAAUGGGAAGUUUCUUCUCUCUGCAAAAAGAACUCGUAAAACCACUUGUACCGAGUAUGUUAUCUCUAUGGACGCCGAUAACAUUUCCAGAUCAAGCAGCACAUACAUCGGCAAAUUAAGAUCGAAUUUUCUCGGCACCAAGUUUGUAAUCUACGACACGCAGCCCCCUCACGCAUGCUGCCAAGCGGCCCCACCGCCACCCGGGCGUUUGAGCCGCCGCUUCUCCAAGAAAGUUUCUCCUAAGGUCCCGACUGGCAGCUACAACAUCGCUCAUAUCUCGUACGAGCUUAACGUGCUCGGGACGCGGGGCCCACGCCGAAUGAACUGCGUCAUGCACUCCAUCCCUUCCUCGUCCCUCGACCCGGGCGGCGUGGUCCCCUGCCGGCCAGAGCUCCUCCUCCCGAGGCCCCUCGACGACUCUUUCCGCAGCCUCUCCUUCUCCAAGUCCCUCGACCGAUCGACUGAGUUCAGCAGCGCCCGUUUUUUGGAUACUGGACUCGCGGCCGUGUGCCCAGAUGAUGAUGACGGGUCCAAGUCCUCCUUGCCGCCUUUGGUGCUCAAGAACAAGUCUCCAAGGUGGCACGAGCAGCUGCAGUGCUGGUGCCUGAAUUUCCGUGGGCGGGUGACGGUGGCGUCUGUGAAGAAUUUCCAGCUGAUUGCCGCUGGUGGGGCGGCGGCGGUGGUGGGGGGCUCGCAGGUGGCAGGGCAGCAGCAGUCCGAUCACGACAAGAUUAUUCUGCAGUUUGGUAAGGUGGGAAAGGAUAUGUUCACGAUGGAUUAUAGGUACCCGUUGUCGGCUUUUCAGGCCUUCGCUAUAUGCCUGAGUAGCUUCGACACCAAACUGGCUUGUGAAUAG